UUUAUUUUAUUAUUUUUACUGUUUUUAAAUGAAUCACAAAAUCUUUAACCAAUUUUUGCAUUUUAUUUAACAAAUGAUUUACUUUUAUAAUUGAAUUAACGAUUCAUUGAAUGCAAUAAUUACUCAUUUCUUCAUUUAUUGCAUAAAAUGUUUGGUUUUUAUCACAAAUUUUUGUCAUUUUUGUCGUAAAAUAAACACAAAAAACGCAAUAACUUUGUGAAGGAAAUAAUGAUUGGAUCAAAGUUUGGGAUCAAUUGCGGACAACUUCUGCACAGAUAUAGUUUGGGUGCGAAAUGCGGUCAAUGCUUGAGUUCAAUGUCAGUGAGAGAUGAGUGGAAAUCAUUGGCACAAAAGCAGAUGAAAGGCAAGAGUAGCGAUGGGUUGGUGUGGAAGACAAACGAUGGCAUUGAAGUGCUGCCCAUGUAUUUGGCCGACGAUGUGAACCAAGACAUCCACUCAGAGAUGGCGGGGAAGUAUCCGUUCACUCGCGGGCCGUACCCCACAAUGUAUGCGCAGAAGCCGUGGACUAUCAGACAAUACGCCGGAUUCAGUACUGUUGAGGAAAGCAAUAAGUUUUAUAAGGAGAACAUCAAAGCCGGACAACAGGGACUGUCCGUCGCUUUCGAUUUGGCCACUCAUCGCGGCUACGAUAGCGACGACAUCCGAGUCCAGGGAGACGUCGGUAUGGCUGGAGUAGCCAUCGAUUCCGUGGAGGACAUGAAGGGUCUCUUCGCUGACAUCGAUUUGAGCAAAAUGUCAGUUUCGAUGACAAUGAAUGGAGCGGUGAUUCCUGUGAUGGCCUUCUAUAUCGUGGCCGCCGAAGAGGCGGGCGUUGAACAGAAACAACUCUCGGGAACCAUUCAGAACGAUAUACUGAAAGAGUUUAUGGUUCGCAACACAUAUAUCUAUCCGCCGAACCAAUCCAUGCGAGUUAUUGGCGAUAUCUUUGCUUACGUUUCCAAACAUAUGCCCAAAUUCAACACUAUAUCCAUAUCGGGUUAUCACAUGCAAGAGGCCGGCGCUACGGCUGUCAUCGAACUGGCCUUCACUAUAGCCGACGGCAUUGAAUACUGUCGGACAGGCAUUAAAGCGGGUCUUACUAUCGAUGAGUUCGCGCCCCGACUGUCGUUCUUCUGGGGAAUAGGAAUGAACUUCUAUAUGGAAAUCGCCAAAAUGAGAGCCGCGCGACGAUUGUGGGCGCAUCUCAUCAAAAAGAACUUCAAUCCUAAAGACAUCAAGUCAUGUAUGUUAAGGACUCACUGCCAGACAUCGGGCUGGUCUCAGACAGAACAGGACCCGUACAACAACAUUGUGCGCACGACUGUCGAGGCGAUGGCCGCCGUCUUCGGUGGCACUCAAUCGCUUCAUACGAAUGCAUUUGACGAGGCGUUAGCUCUUCCGUCUCGAUUCAGCGCUAGAAUUGCUAGAAAUACUCAAAUCAUUAUUCAAGAAGAGACGGGUAUUCCCAAAGUGAUCGACCCGUGGGGCGGCUCUUAUAUGAUGGAAGCGCUCACCGAUGAGGUGUACAAAGAGGCCAUGAAGUUGAUCGACGAGGUCGAGGCCUUGGGAGGGAUGGCUAAGGCUGUGGCCGAAGGGAUGCCCAAACUGAAGAUCGAAGAAUGCGCGGCACAGAAACAGGCGGCCAUUGAUUCCGGCAAAGAAGUGAUUGUUGGCGUCAAUAAGUAUCGGCUCGAAAAGGAAGAUCCCGUCGAAGUUCUUGUGGUCGACAAUAAAGUGGUUCGCGAGACACAGAUUAACAAAAUUACUAAAAUGAAAGCCACACGUGAUUCAAAUCGAGCCAAUCAGGCGUUAGAAGAUCUAACAAAAGCCUCAGAAACCAAUGGAAAUGUAUUGGAGAAAGCGGUUGAAUGCGCCAGAAGUCGGUGUACUUUGGGUGAGAUAUCAAUGGCAAUGGAAAAGGCUUUCGGCAGAUAUGUGGCGGCCGACCGACUCGUUAGCGGCGCUUACUAUUCGGCUUACAGUCAAUUAGAAGAGUUAAAAGCUAUUCAACAAAAAAUCAAGGAAUUCGAAGAAUGCGAGGGAAGACGGCCUCGAAUUCUGGUGGCAAAGAUGGGUCAGGACGGACACGACAGGGGCGCCAAAGUGAUCGCCACCGGCUUCGCAGACGUCGGCUUUGAUGUCGAUUUGGGGCCUCUCUUUCAGACGCCCGAAGAGGUGGCCCAACAGGCUAUCGAUGCGGACGUUCACUGCGUUGGGGUUAGCAGUCAGGCCGCCGGACACCGAACUCUAGUUCCAAUGCUUUCGGAAGCGCUUCAAAAGUUGGGCCGACCGGAGAUAAAGAUAGUGGUGGGAGGGGUUAUACCUCCUCAGGACUACCAGUUUCUGUACGAUAAGGGCGCCGCUGCUAUUUUUGGACCCGGAACUCGUAUUCCUGUGGCUGCACUCCAUGUCCUCGAAGUUAUUCAAAAGGAUUUGAAUGAAAGACAGACUCAGAAAAUCUAAUCAUUUGCUGUGUUCACCAUUUAAACAAUUCAAUUGACAAUAUAUUUUGAAUACUUAGUUAGUUUUUAACGGGAAGUGAC